AUGAAUUUGUGGAUAAAUUGCGCCUUAUUUAGUUAUUGUAUUAAUAAAGUCUAUUCACGUGUUAAUAUUCCAUUUUUACACCAAUUUUCUAAUUUUUUACCACAACUUAACUAUAUUAACGUCAAUAACCAAGUUAGAAGACUAAGUUACCUUCAUUCGUUGGACCAAUUUAAUAUGCCAGUUUCUUCAAAAUCUAAAUAUUUUAAUCGAAGUUCCUUAUCACAUAACAACUCUCUGAAGAAUCCAGUGGCUGAGGUGUUAAUAGUACCAGUUUUACAGGAUAAUUAUUCGUAUGUAUUAAAGGAUCCCGAGAGUUCUAAUGCACUUUGCGUUGACCCUGUUGAAUAUGAGAAAGUUUAUAACGUUUGUAAGGAGAAUGAUUUGGAAUUGAAAUUAGCUUUAUGUACACAUAAACAUUGGGAUCAUUCAGUACUUUAUCUGCUGUUUAUCACUAAUUUUCCCAAAAUACUUAUUAGUUAUCUAUGCUUAAUUGUUGAAUGUGUAAUAGGAGGAAAUAAUGGUAUAAAGAAAUUGGUCCCUGAUGUAGAAGUGGUUGGAUCAAGUUAUGAAGAAACUCCUGGUGUUACUUUACCAGUAAAACACGAACAAACUCUCACAUUUGGAAAUUUGGUGAUAAAAUGCUUAAAAGCUUCAUGUCAUACCUUGGGUCAUAUCAUGUACUAUGUUUACCACCCAUCUAAUGAUCAUCAACAACCAUUACUAUUCUCAGGUGAUACAUUGUUUAUUUCCGGUUGUGGUAGAUUUUUUGAAGGAGAUGCCAGAUCAAUGAUGGAAAUUGUUGAAACAGUCAAAUCACUACCAGAAAAUACCUUAUUAUACUGCGGACACGAAUACACACUUAAGAAUUUACAAUUUGCUUAUUCAGUGGAUAAGAGCGAUGUAGUAUUUAAGAAGUUAAACUGGUCUAAAGAAACUGUUUCUAAAGGUCUACCAACUGUUCCUUCUACUUUACAAGAGGAGAAGUUAUAUAACCCCUUUAUGCGUGUUAAGGAAUUAAUGAAAUCGCUUGACGAACAAUCUGAGGAAUCAACCAUGAACAAAUUACGCUCAUUAAAGGACAGAUUCUAA